AUGAGAGUUAUGCCUUCUGAGGGCGAGCUCGAUCGAAAAGCUUUUGAGCUUUGGUUGCUAUAAAUUUCAGUGUGGGAGCUACAGGGAAGGGAGAAGGCAAAAAUGGGCUCAAAGUCUACAAACCCUCUUGAGUUAGGUCGAUCCUUACCCGUCCCCAAUGUGCAGGAACUCGCUCAAUCUGAUGAUCAGAUCCCCGAGCGAUAUUACAGGCCUGAAGCCGACGUUGAUCCGGUGGCCUCGAUCGAUGAGGAUGAGCUCCCGGUGAUCGAUCUAAUGAAGCUCCUCAAUCCGGAGCUCAUUGAUAAGGAUGAGCUUUUUAGGUUAGGAUCGGCAUGUAGGGAGUGGGGUUUCUUCCAGGGAUACACUAGACACAUACACAUUAAAGAUUGGCAAAGUUGUUGAUUGUCUUUAUGGAUUGAUGGCUGAGGAUUUAGGGGUUGAUCUUCAAGACAUGCUUAAUAUUUUUAGGGAUCAGAUACAAUCUGUAAGAAUAAAUUACUAUCCGCCAUGCAAGCAAGCUAAUAAGGUCCUGGGUCUCUCCCCACACAGUGAUGGUAUUGCAUUGACAGUGCUCCUACAAGCUAAUGAUGUCCACGCUUUGCAGAUAAAGAAAAAUGACAAAUGGUUACUUGUAAAACCAAAACCAAGUGCAUUAAUAAUCAACAUUGGUGAUAUGAUGGAGAUAAUGACUAAUGGAAAGUAUAAAAGCAUAGAGCACAGAGCUAUUAUAAACAUAGAGGAACGACUAUCAAUAGCGACAUUUCAUUUGCCAAGCAUUGACGUUUUGUUGCGUCCUUUUCCCGGGCUUGUUAAUAGCAAUGGUGAGCUUUAUAAGACUAUAAGCGCCAAAGAGUAUACAAGAGAAUAUUUUGCAGGAAAACUAAAUGGAAAGAAUGCCUUGGAGAGUAUGAAGCUAAGGAAAUGAUGGACAGUAGUUAAUACCGACUACUAAUUCAUUAUAGGGACCUAAUGCACUCGAGACAUGCAUAUUGAAGCUAAUAAUGUGUUGGAUCUCUUUCCACAUAGUGAUGGAAUUGCGUUAACAUUGCUUCUCCAGGCAAAUAAUAUUCAUGAUUUGCAACACUAAAUAAAAUAAUAAGUGAUUUACUGUAACAUCAAAACUAGAAACUUUAAUAUUCAACAUUGGUGAUGUCAUGGAGGUAAUUUAUUAAAAAUGGUUCAUAGCCUUGAAAGAUUGCUCUUAAUUUAUCUUCUUUUUA